UCGACCCUUUGAGACUUGAUAUGAAACCAUAACUCACUCUUCGUCUUUCCACCAUCCAACACAACAAACCUACACUGAUUCACUCACAUUUAUUUUCGCAAAUUUCCACAUAUUUCCAUGACAACAUUAUCCCAAAAGACCUCAUAAUUAAGUAGCAGGUCUACCGGUCCUCGAGAAUAUAUAUUCCCUUCACAAUAUUCAACACAAACAACAACCCCACGAUAUACCCAGUCUACCGAUCCACCUCACUAUGCGCUUCAUCACACUCGGAGCGGGGGUAACUCUUGCAACCAUCAGCCAAGCAUUUCUACUUCCUCCAACCAUCUCCAAUUCUGAUAGCGAUGUCGUGAAUGCCUUACCUUUCGAUGCUGCCAUCGAGGCGGAGGGUAGAAUGUUAGCUGUCAAUUGCCCUGGCUGUCCAAUUUCUGCCCAGGAUGUACGAGGAGGUCGACACGAUUUGAAGGGAUUAAAUAGACUACUGUUCAACUUCUCAGUCUCACACGAUAAUGACCUUGAUCGUGUUCUUCUGAACGGACGCCAAUUCUAUCCCAUCGAUAUGGAAUCCAGUCUCGAACGUCUUACAGCCCCACAACUGAUCAAAACAUCGGAAGGCAAUUGGGUUCAAGCCGCGGAGCCCGACCUAGGUUAUGCUUUACGCAUCCACAAGCCAAUAUCAUAUUCCAAGCAAGAUGAGAUCGAUUUGUUGAUCGCUACUCUUGAAAUCAUCGAAGUUGGUAAUACAUUCGUGGAUACCGUGGAUAACAUCGAACUCAAGAUUCUUACAACACCAAGUGGGAAAUUGAUGAUUGGCGAUGCCCAAGUUAUACCAUCACCACCAAAGAGCCAUCUAACUAAUCCAACCUCUGAUGGACAAGAAUGUACAACGGUGCUUUGCAAAUGGAGAGCGAUUAUGACAGAUAAACUGUCGGCUCUCAAGAAAGGCUGUGGUGGCAAAGCUGAUCCAACUUCUCACAACAACCGACCUCAAGGUCAUGUUCAUCAACGUCCUCAUGGUAGACCUCAUCGAUUUUCCCACAAACACCACGGUAUCACCAGAUUCUUGCGAGGUGUUGUCCUACACGUCGUUAUUCCAGUCAUCAUUGGAAUCGUUGCUGGAAUCACUGCCAGUCUUGUUGGUAUGAUAGCUGGCCACCUUGUUAUCUUUAUUUGGCGUUUAUUGUUCCGUAGAGGAUGUCAAAGCCAAUACACUAAGGUUCAACAAGAAGAACUCGUUGCCGAGGAAGGUAGCCAGGAGGACAAAGGCCUCAUUCAACAUCAGGGCCCACCUCCGGUUUACGAAGAUAUCGUCAAGGAAGAUAAAGCAUAAGUAACAAAUUGAAAGGAGUCAAGUAUUGGAAUGGAUUCGUGGUCUUGGAUUUUACCAAAGGCCUGGUCAUAACAAUGAUUCAAGGAUGCUGAACUGGGAAAUGGGGUUUUAGGAGUUUACAUGGCGAGAUUGAAGAGAAUGGAGGAAUGAUAAGGAUUCAAGGAGGUUUAACGGGUCUGAUAAUUAGUAGCAAGUACCUUCUUUUCGCAUCAUGUCAGCUGUUUGAAUAUGUUAAGCGAAUGUCUAAUCGCCUAUGAAUAUUUCAACAUCUUCCAUAUUACAAAUCAUUAAAUCUUCCAAAUGCUCCUUCUGAGUUAAGCUACAGCUCAUAGUUCUUGAUACAUCAACCCAAUGAAGUAAAACGU